AUUAACAUAGAUACUUUAACAAAAAUGGUGUAGUCAGAAGAACGUGUUUAUUUCUAUAGCAAUUGCGAUAAACAUAAAAAUAGCAAAGAUAAACAUAUAAUAAUAGUAAAGUUUUAAGUAUCAAUUCGAAAUGACAACACAACAUAAACAGACAGAAGUGGCAGAUACAAAAAUUACAUGUAUUACAUCUUUAAUCGCAGGAGGACUAGCUGGUGUUUCUGUAGACAUAAUAUUAUUUCCAUUAGAUACAUUAAAAACACGAUUACAAUCUAAACAGGGUUUUAUAAAAUCAGGAGGAUUUUCUAAUCUGUACAAAGGAAUCUUUCCUGUAUUUAUUGGUUCAGCACCAACUGCAUCUUUAUUUUUUGUAACUUAUGAAGGUAUCAAAAAUGUAACACAGCACCGAAUUCCUGAAAAAUAUCAUUCCCUUUUACAUAUGAGUGCAGCAUCUUUAGCAGAAAUGGUAGCUUGCCUCAUACGGGUACCAAUAGAGGUUUUGAAACAGAGAAAACAAGCUUUAAUAUUUGAGAGAAAAGACAUUAGUCUCAAAUUACUGUAUUGCGGCUAUUGGAGCACAGUGCUGAGAGAUAUGCCCUUCAGCCUAAUACAAUUUCCAAUUUGGGAAUGUUUUAAAAGAAUAUGGAGUUUAAACGUCGAUAGAAAUAUUUUUCCCAUAGAAAGUGCAAUAUGUGGUGCAAUUGCAGGUGGUAUAUCUGCUGCUAUUACAACGCCCUUAGAUGUUAUUAAAACAAGAAUAAUGCUUUCACAUAGAAACGAAAAUGCUUCAAAGUUAAAAAUAUUAUAUGUUAUACAAAAUGUUUAUAAAGAAAAAGGCUUAUAUGGACUUUUUGCCGGUAUCGGUCCCAGAGUAAUGUGGAUAACUUUAGGAGGUUUUAUAUUUUUUGGAACUUAUGAAGGAGCAACAGUUAUAGUCAUAGAGCAUUUAUUGCCUUUUUCUAUUUUUACGAAGCAACCUAAUAAAUGCUAUUAAUUUUAAUAUACAUCAACAAAAUUGA